AUGCCCGUGACGCGGGUGCAGCCUGUGAAUGCGUCAGAGCCCCUGGAGAUUGAGACCCCUGCCGGGUCGACGGUGGCCGACUUGAAGCUGGGCAUUGAGGCACGGACGGGCAUCAAGGCCUCCUUACAGCGGCUUGUUGCAGCCGGGCGCCUCCUUCAGGAGGAUGCCCUCUUGGACUCGCUGGCCGGCCGUAUAUUCCUGGCCCAAACCACCGGUGCGGCUGCUGCUGAGUCGCCUGUUGCACCGACAGCGGAGACAUCAGAGAUCAAGCUGCUGAUCCGAGCUGUUUGGAGCGAUGGGCGCCAAGAAGAAAGGACGGUUGAUGCACCGAAGCAGCUGCCCGUCAGCAGGUUCAAGGAGAAGGUGCUCGCUUCUUUGGACAAAGAGUUCUCUGAAGAAGGUCGCUGCAACUUUGUCUUUGCAGGCCGACUCCUGGACUCAGAGGGGACACUGGAGGAUCAGAGCUUUGAGGAGGGUGAUACCGUCGUCGUGGUGGCGCCGCAGGCACGGGUCAGUUGUCUCCGGCGCCUCCGGCGCCGUGUGGUGUGGCUCCUCCUCAGACUUCGCGCCUUUGUCCGGAGCCUUUGGGCACUUCCCUGGGUGCUGGCAUCGGGGCUGCGAACUGCGUGGUAUGACCCUUGGAGCAUCGUGCGACCAUCCGUUCCAGAAGAGGGGCGUCGAGGGCCUCGAAUCCGAACACUGGGAUUCACGGCUCAAAUGGCACGUUAUGGUCCUGGCCAAAAUCCCCACGGAGAGGACCUAACCAUGGUGUUAACGCAAGGUCUCCUCGGCAUGCCCGGGCCACAGUCCGCAGUCCUAGGAAGUAAGCUGAACAAGCACGGCCAUGCUGAGAGUCAGGGAUUCAUCGCUGAGGAGGACCGGGUGAAUUGCCCCUUCUAUUUCAAGAUCGGUGCUUGCCGAAACGGCGACCGAUGCAAUCGCGCUCACAGCAAGCCGGCCAGCGGCAACACGCUCCUGAUUCCCCAUCUGUAUCCGUGUAUUCCGGAAGCCAUGGCCGUGGCAAACGAUGACGAGUGGGACGAUGAGACAUACGCCCGGCAGCAGGAGCACCUGGAACACUUCUACGAGGAAGUCUUCCUGGAGUUAGCCAAAUUUGGCGAGGUCCACGUCUUUACUCUAAGGGGUCAAAUUUAG